UCAAUUGCGACUGCGACUGCGAACUGCGAACUGUGAAACAAACUGUGUGCUGUGUCUCUGUAUUUCGUUUUGUGACGCGGCCAACGAAAUCCCGACAAACGGAUCCAGAAUAAAACACACACACACACACACACAUAUGAACAUACAUGCACAGAGAGCGAGAGCGAGAAGUCCAAGGUUUGAAACAACAACAAGAACAACAACUAGUGUAAAGCAGAAGAAGACGACGACGCGGAGAACAACAACUAUAAACGUAAUCAAAGCAACAAAGAAGCGCACAACAAAGUCUCCAAUCACGAGAGACAACAUUGCUAAAGAACCAGAGAGGAACGCAGACAGAGAGAGACAGAGAGAGAGAGAGAGUCCGAUCGAGAGCGAGGCAGCUUGGUCAAUACAAAAAAUUACGCAUACGCCGUGUGAAGCGCAAUCGCAGCCAAAAAGAAAUAAACACAAAACAAAGCCACAACAACAACAACAACAACAACAAAGAAGAAGAAGAAGAAGAAGCAACAAUAUUUUUGUUAAGAUUAAUAAUACAAUUAACCGAUCGCCGCUGACUGACUCAGCCCCUUGAAGACCUUCCCCUCAAAGCCUCGCCCCCCAAAGUGAACGGAUCAGCAACGGACUCUCUUUCUUCAAUGUUGUUGGCCUCCCCUCCCGAAAUUAAUCAUCGCUGACAAUCGCAGAUAGUUUCGGCGCCGCCAAUUGCCGAGAUUCUCUCCACACACAAAAAAACACCCGCUGAUAAUCAUCGACUAGGCGAAGCACAGCCUCAUCGCCACCGUGCAAUCGGCAUUGGUGGUAACAAUUUCAAACUGCAUCCGGCUAGAAACUCAGCUUCAAGACGUCUUGCAAACGGUUGAAAAUGGAAAAGACUCCCCGGUAUACGCAGCGGGAGCGCAACAUGGUGCUCACAUAUGCAGCACAGCACAAGGAUGUGAUUGAGAAUAAGCGCACGGACGCCGAAUCCAAUCGCAAAAAGGACGAAGUGUGGCUGCAGAUAGCCAAGGACUUCAAUGGCAAGGUCUAUCAUCAGCGCAGCGCCAAACAGUUGCGACAGCUCUACAAGAACAUGAAGCUCCUCCUCAAGAAGGAUCUGUGCGGCGAGGAUAAGGGCAAUCGCUCCUUCUUGGAUCUGCUCAACACACUCUCACAACAGGAGUCGGUGGCCCAAUACAUUGCCGAGCAAAUGUCACCGGAUGGCGCCGGCAGUCAAGCGACUGGCAAUGGUCGCCAUUUGGCCGAUGACUACGAGGACUCAAAGCUUCCACUGUACGAGGGCAUGGACACGGAUGUCAUACUGAUCAAAUCGGAGACGAUUAGCGACAAUGAGCAGACUGAGAACGGCAUGGACUGCAUGGACGAUGACGAUGACGACGACUGCCCCAGCCCCAAGGCGCCGGAAGUGUGCCUCGAGGAGGAGGACGGGGUGCUUUUUCCCACAGAUCGCAGCCACUUGCAGCAGCAUAGCGGCGGCGGUUCGAUAGCCAGCAAUCAAGUGAAUGGCAACGGCAACAACAUCGGUGGCAGCAACAUUGACGCCUUGCCACGUGCACCCAGCUCACCGGUGUGCAGCACCAAGACGUCGAUCUCAUCGACGGGCAGUUAUAUGUCCGCUGGGCAGACGCCCAAGGCUGAGAUAACGCUGACCAGCAUGGGCAACAUUCGUGUGGGGGCGUUUGCCAGCAUCAAUAAUACGCUGCACAAUGGCAACAGCAACAGCAACAGUAGCAGCCACAACAACAACAACAAUAACAACAAUAACAAUAUCAACAGCAGCAGUAACAAGAACAACAACAAUAGCAACAAUGGCAACAAUGUGGUUGCUGCCGCCGGAGGUGGCAACAGCUUGCAACUGACUGCGGAGCAGAUGCAACAGCAUCUGCUGCUCAAUGGCCUGGGAUUGUCGGCGGUGCAGCAUCCGCCGGCGGGGCAAUCGCUGCAGGCGGCCAUCAAUGCGGCCACAAGCGGCGUGGGCAGCGGGCGGCAGACGCAGACGUUGCAAUUGCCGCGGUUGCAGCGGGGACACAAUGCGGCAGCAAGUGCUGCGGCAGCCACAAACGGUGGCAACAGCAAUGCAACCGGUGUGCAGUUGCUGUUGAAUGGCCAUCAGACGAGUCGUGACAAAUCGCAACAGCAACAACAGCUGCAUCAGCAACAGUUGCAGCAGCAGCAGCAGCAGCAACAGUUGCAUCCCAGCGGCAGCAUCACGUUGGCUGCGGGCAGCUUUAAUGGCUACAAUGGUCUCAGUGUCAUCAACUGUGGCCCCAUCAGCAGCGGCAGCAACAACAGCCACAACAACAGUGCCAGCAGCAGCGGCAGCAACAACAACAACAACAACCACAACAACAGCAGCGGCAAUCUGCAAACGAGCAGCCAAAACAAUCACAAUCACAACAACAACCACAACAACAACAUCAGCGGCAGCCACAACACAAGCGGCGGCAGCAACAGCGGCACACGUGGCCAACACAAUGAGUACAUGAUGACGCUGGCCGUCGAGGAGCGUAAGCUGAAGAUUGAGCUGCUGAAUGCGCAGAUCAAGUAUUGGGAGACGUUGACCAAGAAGCUCGACUCCCAGUCCGGUCACUAUCCAAAUCCGGCGUGUCCUUGCCACUUCCCGGGCACCGGUGUCAUCGGAGGCGUGCCAGCAGCGGGCAGCGCUGCCGUCGCUGUCGCUGCCAAUGCGUUGCAAACGCAGUCGAGCAGCAGCUAGUC